UAGAGAGAGAGGGAGAGAGAGAGAGAGAAAAAGAGGGUUAGAGCAAGGGUGAGCGAGCAAACGCCACACAGACGAGAGGGAGAGAGAGAGAGAGAGAGAGAUAGAGAGAGGAGUUAAUGGAGAGGGUACAACUGCGCACAAACAGAUUUGAUCACAGAGUUUAACUUGCUGGUGCCGGUCAGUGAAGCCAUCCGCUGCGCAGACCUCCACUACUUGUUGAGCCUGGCUGAAAACGCUUUUCUUCUGAAAGAGCGGUUCAGGAAAUCUGCGUGGAGCUGGAUUCCAUUUUGGACGUAUUAUUAUGACAACAGCUUUGUUGCAUUUGUAAUGUAGGGGUGAUCGGAAGCAAGCGCGGAACCUGUGGAUUUAACUGAAAGAAACACGGAUUUGGGACAGUUUAUUUCUUAUCUCGUGACUUAUACCGAUUUGCUUCGGAGUGCAUGAACAUUUACUAAAGAAAAAAAGCAACAAAAGCAAUGGAAGUAAGUUCGGAUCAGCCAAGAUGGAUGAGCCAUCAUCUGAAUGAGCAGCACCCCGGCUCACAUCACCCGGGCCUCGGCCACUCAUACAUGGACCCUUCGCAGUACCAGCUACCUGACGAUGUGGAUGUACUCUUUAAUAUCGACGCGCAGGGGAACCACGUCCCUCAAUACUAUGGAAACUCAGUGCGAGCCGUCCAGAGGUACCCUCCUCCUCCACACAGUAGCCAGGUGUGCCGUCCCUCAUUACUGCACGGCUCCCUGCCCUGGCUGGAGGGCAGCAAAGGCAUCGCCCCGCACCACAGCACGUCUCCCUGGAACCUGAGCCCCUUCCCCAAAAACCCCCUGCACCACGGCUCCCCGGCAGGCCUGUCCGUAUACCCCUCCGCUUCCUCCUCCUCCCUGUCCACCGGUCACUCCAGUCCGCACCUCUUCACGUUUCCCCCGACCCCGCCGAAAGACGUGUCCCCGGACCCCGGCAUGUCUAACUCCGGGAGACAGGAGGACAAAGAGUGCAUAAAGUACCAGGUGACCCUGGCCGAGAGUAUGAAACUGGAGUCAGCUCACAGCCGGAGCGUGGCAUCAAUCGGAGCAGGGUCUUCCUCUGCCCACCACCCACUCGCCUCAUACCCAUCUUAUGUCCCUGAAUACGGCCCAGGCCUCUUCCCACCAAGUAGCCUGAUAGGUGGGUCAUCCUCUAGUUAUGGUUCCAAAACAAGACCAAAAUCAAGGUCCUGUUCAGAAGGUAGAGAGUGUGUGAACUGCGGGGCCACGUCUACUCCGCUGUGGAGGCGGGACGGUACGGGUCACUAUCUGUGUAACGCCUGCGGACUCUAUCACAAGAUGAACGGGCAGAAUCGCCCUCUCAUCAAACCCAAGCGGCGGCUGUCUGCAGCCAGACGCGCCGGGACGUCGUGUGCAAACUGCCAGACCACGACGACGACGCUGUGGCGGAGAAACGCCAACGGGGACCCGGUGUGUAACGCCUGCGGCCUGUACUACAAACUGCACAAUGUAAGUAAUAAACCUUCAUAGGAGAUCUCGGUAUCC